AUGCUCCUUCAGAGGCUGGAUACUCUUCCAUUCGAUGUCUUCUAUCAAAUCGCUACGUCGCUGGACGACCGUGAUCUCAUCCACCUCAGUCGCGUCAAUCGUGCUCUACACUCCAUUGCACAGAGCGAACAGAUUGCCCGUAAAACAAUUGAGAAUGGUUUGCUCCACAGCAAGGAAGGUCAGGCGGCAAUGACCGCCCAGUCGGGUUACCGCAAGGCGGUUGGUCUCCGCUUUGCCAUUCACGAGGCCGUGGCCACAGCAAACCCCUACUCCGUCGCCUGUCUAGGCUACGCCGCAGAUUUCAUCUACAACCAGGGCCAUUUAGUCUACCGUUGCCAGAAUCACAUUCGUGUGUUGCACGUACAUGGCGUCGCGACAAAAGAGCGUGUCUUAGACCUCACCCAACUUCUACCGCCAUCAUUUUCCACGGCUGGGCCGGAAACGACCGAUAAUGUGACUUUAUUAAGUUACGACGAUGACAUCCUGGUCAUCCGAGUUGCAGAUGUGAGCUCCACAGAGGACGCCUUAUUUGUCAUUGACAUGAGGCGGAGAUCGUCAAUGCCAUUGUUUUAUGCCCCCAUCCCCGCGUCAGCGCCGAUCUUCGUACGACAUACCCGUUCCUAUCUCUGGUACGGGACAUUCACGGCUGCCGACGGUUCCGACGGGGUAUGGACUAUUACCGGCGUGGACUUGGACACGCGUGCGCGGUUUGAGUUCCCUCUAGACCGAGUGGUCGACGGCGAUCUUGGGCAGACACUAUGCUUUGAGAUGCAUGAAGGGCAUCUGUAUGCGGUGUCGACGCAGGUCGCUUCGGAUGACAAUGAAAUCCACUCUUCCUUUUACCAUUGGUUUUGUCAUGCACCUCGGGAAUCAGGCCGCAAAUGGAACGGUCGCUUUUGGCGCCGCGAACAUCAGGAAGGUCCUAUCAAUGAGAUGUGGACCGAUCUGUCCAUUCGAAAGGAUGAAAUAACGGGUCGACCCGUUAUUCUCGAAUGUCGUCGCGAAUGGCGCGAUGGAAAGAGUGAAAACCAUCGUACUUACUACACACAACGACUUCCAACGCCAGAGGAAGCCCUAGCGCCUCUUUCAGGAGGGGCCGUCCAAACCCCGUCUUGGGUUUCCAUGGACGACGACGUAGAUGACAAUCACCCCUACGACGAGCGACCUGCAAAGAGAUUGCGCCGUCACUACCAUGCCGAGUAUGAGUCCGGGUCUACAAAACGACAAGAGUUUAUUCCUGCCCGCACCAAGCACCGGAGCUACCACCUCGGCUCAUCCACCUUUGUUGACCUCGUCAACGACCCAGUCAGUGACGGCCUGCGCUCUCGAGAUAGACUGCGCCUCCGAACUGUUUCACGCAAACGCAAAUCCCCAAUUGAUGAAGAAGGGAUCGAGGGCCACCGCAACGCACUCUUUCAGCCCACUCAAGUAAAUUCAGAUGGCAGUCCCACCGAAGGCUCCGAAGAGCGCUUCGAAUGUCGCGGUGUACACAUGUGGCCGCCGGAAAAUGCUACGGCAAUUCAACAACUACUUUGUCCCAACACGCGCAUCGGCACCGUGAAGAGUAUUGCCGACGAGCGCUCGAUCAUCUACUCCAUUGAUGCACCGGGUUUGCCAUCCAAUCACCGGGCUCUCAUCCUCAUUAGCUUUGAUCCUACCCUUAGACUCCCAACCCUGGACCCUCUGCCCGCAUCUGGAGACGCGAUAGAUACUUGGGCUGGGGACAAGUUCCUCGAAGUCCCUCGUCCGCUUACCAGCUCAUCAGCUAAUCUGGUGGAAGAAUCAUUACCAUAUUACAUGGAAAUCAGACGCGGCUAUAUGCUGCGUUAG